GCUGGUGAAGUGAGGACAGACAUGUCCCUCGUUGUCCCUCGUUGUGUCCUCUGUGUGUGCUGCUGGCGUGACGUCUCUGUGUCAAUAUUUGGACAGUGGUUAACGAUCAGUCCGUCAGCUGAGUCCUCCAUUUUACAUCAGACAACAACUGUCUGUCCUCACGCACGCAGACAGACAGACAGACAGACAGACAGGCAGAGGGACAGACAGGCAGAGGGACAGACAGGCAGAGGGACAGACAUGCUGCCGUCCACCUCUCUGACGUGGGGUCUCUGCGCUCUACUCACCUGCUCAGCACUCGUCCAGUCCUCAGUGUUCCUGGACCAUCCGUGGGCGGCUCGUGUCCUCGGCUCCGCCUCCAGGAGACGUCGAGCCAACUCCUUCUUGGAGGAGGUUUUACCUGGAGACCUGGAGAGGGAGUGUCGCGAGGAGGUCUGCUCCCAGGAGGAGGCAGCCGAGAUCUUCAUGACCAAGGAGAAGACGAUGGAGUUCUGGUACAAAUACACCAAUCUGAACCCCUGUCAGACUAACCCCUGUCUGAAUGGAGGGAUGUGCACCCUGGACAGAGACGACUUCCUGUGUCUCUGCUCGCCGCCGUACCACGGCAAGACCUGCGACACAGUGUUGAUGGUGUGUCACUAUAGAAACGGCGGCUGUAUGCAGUAUUGCAGAGACCUGCCAGGGGGAGCCGGAGUUCAGUGUGACUGCGCCGACGGGUUCCAGCUGGACGUCGAUGGAUACAGCUGCUCCAAGAACGGUAACAGAACUCAGGUUACUACUGUAACUGACCCUCUCACUGAUACUCUGGUGAAGAUGAUUCCACAGGAGAGGAGCCUGAUAGCUGACAUCACCGUGGAAAUGGGCAGCAUGUUUGAUGACAACAACACAGAUGGCUGGGUGGACAAAUUGAACUCUAUAGAGACGUUGGAGAAGCUGAUGACAGUGAACACAACAACUGGACAGUGGGGAGCCAAUGAGACGGAGCUGAUGGGGGAGGACGGGGGGGAUCUACGUAUUGUGGGCGGAGCCUUGGACAGACCAGGAGGAAGUCCCUGGCAGGUUCUGCUCCGCAGGUCUAACGGUCACGGAUUCUGUGGAGGGACGCUGGUCUCUGAUCGCUGGGUGGUCUCUGCUGCUCACUGUCUCCAGGAGACUCCAGACCAUGUGACUAUAGGUGACUUCGAUAAGCGGCGUCCUGAUCCAGGUGAGCAGCUGAUAAAGGUUCAGAAGGUCUUCGUCCAUCCUCACUUCCAUGCCUUCACCUUCGACAGCGACAUCGCUCUGCUGUAUCUCGCCCAGCCGGUCGUCAGGAGCGCCACUGCCAUCCCUGCCUGCCUCCCCGACCCCCACCUCUCCGAAUACCUACUGAAGAAGGGAAACCGUGGCAUGGUGACGGGCUGGGGGGUCACGCAGUACCUGGGCAGGUCAUCACGCUUCCUCAGGAAGGUCACGCUUCCCGUGGUCAGCUACCGAGACUGCACCGCCUCCACUGAACAGGUGAUCACAGACAACAUGUUCUGUGCAGGUUACCUGGACGUGGGCAGGGACGCCUGCAGCGGGGACAGCGGGGGACCAUUUGUGGUGAACUACAAAGGGACCUGGUUUCUGACGGGCGUGGUCAGCUGGGGAGAGAAAUGUGCCGCCAAGGGGAAGUACGGAGUUUAUACCCGACUGGGGAACUUCCUGAACUGGAUCAGAGACACCAUGGAACUUUUAUUAGUCAGGGUUAAAAACAAAGGUUAA